AUGAAUAUACAAGGUCAGUAUAAAUUUUACUGUCCAGCUAUCACACAUGGGACAGAAAAAUGCAGCGCAGAGUGGCCAUACUUGGAGGUCAGGAAACUGGCAGUGCUUAGUGAUUCAGAGCAGGCUCAUUUUGAAGAGAAUAUGGCUCUUCUGGCAGCAGCUGAGUACUGCGAGUUCAAAUCAUGUCCAAGCUGUGAGUCCUAUGUUGAGCGACAAGACCUGAGCAACCUGUGUGUGAUAUGCACCAUCUGCACAGCUGUAAAAAAGAAGAGCUUCCAGUUCUGCUGGCAGUGUCUGAGGGAAUGGAAAGGACCAGCUGCUCAUUCUCUACGCUGCAGUAAUGAAGACUGUGUCCACCCAGAUGUUGACAAGCUAGCAAAAUGUACAAAUAUGAGGCUGUCUUAUGUGAACAAUGUAGAGUGUCCUGCCAUUCGUGCCUGCCCAACCUGCGGUCUGCUUUUAGAACACAAUGGGUUCGCUUGUAAAAACCUUUUGUGUAAGCGCUGCAAGGUGGAGUUUUGUUUCCUUUGCCUAAAGCUGAAGCGUAUUUGCAAUCCGAUCUGUGGACCUUAUGAUGUCUGCUCAGUUGCACCACGGCAGACUGAUAUUCCAGUUUGGAAAAGAUAA